GCUGCAGGCAAGCCUGGCCACUGUUGGCUGCAGCAGGACAUCCCAGGCACAGCCCCUAGGGCUCUGAGCAGACAUCCCUCGCCAUUGACACAUCUUCAGAUGCUCUCCCAGCUAGCCAUGCUGCAGGGCAGCCUCCUCCUUGUGGUUGCCACCAUGUCUGUGGCUCAACAGACAAGGCAGGAGGCGGAUAGGGGCUGCGAGACACUUGUAGUCCAGCACGGCCACUGUAGCUACACCUUCUUGCUGCCCAAGUCUGAGCCCUGCCCUCCAGGGCCUGAGGUCUCCAGGGACUCCAACACCCUCCAGAGAGAAUCACUGGCCAACCCACUGCACCUGGGGAAGUUGCCCACCCAGCAGGUGAAACAGCUGGAGCAGGCACUGCAGAACAACACGCAGUGGCUGAAGAAGCUAGAGAGGUCCAUCAAGACGAUCUUGAGGUCGAAGCUGGAGCAGGUCCAGCAGCAAAUGGCCCAGAAUCAGACGGUCCCCAUGCUAGAGCUGGGCACCAGCCUCCUGAACCAGACCACUGCCCAGACCCGCAAGCUGACCGACAUGGAGGCUCAGCUCCUGAACCAGACAUCAAGAAUGGAUGCCCAGAUGCCAGAGACCUUUCUGUCCACCAACAAGCUGGAGAACCAGCUGCUGCUACAGAGGCAGAAGCUCCAGCAGCUUCAGGGCCAAAACAGCGCGCUCGAGAAGCGGUUGCAGGCCCUGGAGACCAAGCAGCAGGAGGAGCUGGCCAGCAUCCUCAGCAAGAAGGCGAAGCUGCUGAACACGCUGAGCCGCCAGAGCGCCGCCCUCACCAACAUCGAGCGCGGCCUGCGCGGUGUCAGGCACAACUCCAGCGUCCUGCAGGACCAGCAGCACAGCCUGCGCCAGCUGCUGGUGGUGUUGCGUGACCUGGUGCAAGAAAGGGCUAACGCCUCGGCCCCGGCCUUCAUAAUGGCAGGUGAGCAGGUGUUCCAGGACUGUGCAGAGAUCCAGCGCUCUGGGGCCAGUGCCAGUGGUGUCUACACCAUCCAGGUGUCCAAUGCAACGAAGCCCAGGAAGGUGUUCUGUGACCUGCAGAGCAGUGGAGGCAGGUGGACCCUCAUCCAGCGCCGUGAGAAUGGCACCGUGAAUUUCCAGCGGAACUGGAAGGAUUACAAACAGGGCUUCGGAGACCCAGCUGGGGAGCACUGGCUGGGCAAUGAAGUGGUGCACCAGCUCACCAGAAGGGCAGCCUACUCUCUGCGUGUGGAGCUGCAAGACUGGGAAGGCCACGAGGCCUAUGCCCAGUACGAACAUUUCCACCUGGGCAGUGAGAACCAGUUAUACAGGCUUUCUGUGGUCGGGUACAGCGGCUCAGCAGGGCGCCAGAGCAGCCUGGUCCUGCAGAACACCAGCUUUAGCACCCUUGACUCAGACAACGACCACUGUCUCUGCAAGUGUGCCCAGGUGAUGUCUGGAGGGUGGUGGUUUGACGCCUGUGGCCUGUCAAACCUCAACGGCGUCUACUACCACGCUCCCGACAACAAGUACAAGAUGGACGGCAUCCGCUGGCACUACUUCAAGGGCCCCAGCUACUCACUGCGUGCCUCUCGCAUGAUGAUACGGCCUUUGGACAUCUAACGAGCAGCUGUGCCAGAGGCCGGACCACACAGGAGAAGCUCGGACUUGGCACUCCUGGACAACCUGGACCCAGAUGCAAGACACUGUGCCACCACCUUCCCUGACACCCUGGGCUUCCUGAGCCAGCCCUCCUUGACCCAGAAGUCCAGAAGGGUCAUCUGCCCCCCCACUCCCCUCCGUCUGUGACAUGGAGGGUGUUCGGGGCCCAUCCCUCUGAUGUAGUCCUCGCCCCUCUUCUCUCCCUCCCCCUUCAGGGGCUCCCUGCCUGAGGGUCACAGUACCUUGAAUGGGCUGAGAACAGACCAAACUUGAUUCCCAUGACCAAUGGUGGGGUUGCAGGCAGGUGGGAAGGUAUUUGCACAUCGGAAGCUGCCCAGAUGGCCCAGGUUCUCUCCCUUGGAUUGGCAAGAAGGCCAUCUCCCAUUCUAUGCUCCUGUUCCAAGAUUUCCUAGUCUUGAGAUGUCCUUGAACUUUCUUUUCAAGUCUGAAGGGGCUGCAUCCACCCCUAAAUGGGUGGGUUAAUCAUUAUUUCCCCUUCACACUUCACCACUUCUAGGCUUUACCACUUCACCACUUCUAGGCUUUACCACUUCACCACUUCUAGGCUCCACCACUUCACCACUUCUAGGCUUUACCACUUCACCACUUCUAGGCUUUACCACUUCACCACUUCUAGGCUUUACCACUUCACCACUUCUAGGCUCCACCACUUCACCACUUCUAGGCUCCACCACUUCACCACUUCUAGGCUUUACCACUUCACCACUUCUAGGCUUUACCACUUCACCACUUCUAGGCUUUACCACUUCACCACUUCUAGGCUCCACCACUUCACCACUUCUAGGCUUUACCACUUCACCACUUCUAGGCUUUACCACUUCACCACUUCUAGGCUCCAAUGUUUGGAGCUCAGGGUCUUUAGGAGACCCAAAAGGACAUGCUCCUUCACCUCCAGCAUGUCCUAGAGGAUGUGUCACAGGGAAUAACUAUGGCUUGUCUCUAAAAGUACCUAUGAGCGAUGAGAAAAGGAAACAGCAGGUUAAGUCAAAGUGAAAAGGCACUCUUCACUGCAGGACUGAUCAGAGCCUUUAAUAUGGCCAAGUGCCUUGUGACUACCCAUGAAGGGGCUAGAGUGGGCAGCUUUGUCCAAAUUUACUUAUUUGAAAAUGGGCUCGGUUUGUCCCAGAGCAUCUCACAGGACUGUAGAUGCUCUUGGACAAAGCUAGUGCUCCCCUGGCAUAAGGAGGAGCCCUACGACCCCAUCCCCACCCCAGCUAUACUCACCCUUUUUGGCUACAAGGGCCACAGUGACAGCCUCAAACAACCUCUAAAAACAACUGGAAAUAACCUUUCAGUUAAAACAGAUACCAUCCCUGAAGAAGGGUCUAGAACUAAGUCCCUGUCUGUGUUAUAGGCUCAUGUCCUCCAAGGCUCCUUCAAGUCCCAGGAAGCUGAUCUCUACCUGGGUGGCUUCCCUCAGGACUCCCUGUAACCUCAACUCCCCCAGGCUCAAUUACAGGGACUGUUAGGCAGGACAUCUGUCUCCAAGUCCAGAUCCUCUCCGCCUCCAAGCCCUAACCCCUAGCCUCCCUCCCUUCCCCAUCCAGCAGUGAUGCUGCCUCUGUGGUGGUAGGUGGGGAGCUGCAGGGGAGGAGAUAAGGCCUCUGCCUGAGUUUGGGAGACCAGGGCCCUCAUAGCUUCUUUCAGAGGAUGGAGUCAGAAAGGAUCCACAGCUACUCUGUCACCUGCCCCCAUCACUGUGUCAUGCUGUCUGCCCUGUUGUCAUCAGCCAACACCCAGGCAUAGCCAGGAGCCCACCUGCCCUACCGCCAGGAUACACCUCUGUCCUCAGAAGGUUUUCUCCUGGAUGAGACUGAGCCAAUGGGAAUGGGACCCCUUCAUCCCCCUGGCUCGCCCCAGCCCUGAGUCCCACUCUCAGCUGAUCCUUGAGUAAACCCAGCACAGACUG